AUGGUGGGGAGCAGCGCGGUGGUCGGGUGGGUGGCGGCCGGCGGCGUCGCGGGCUCCGCGAGGCAGUACUACCUCGCAGGGACGAGCUCCAGGUCGUGCCCGCCGGACCAGGGCAAGCUGGCGCUCGCGCGCGGCGCCGACCGUCGAAACCACAGCCAUCAACCUGAGAGCUGCCCGCCGCAGCCCACAGCAAACCUCACCAAGUCAUCACUAGCAGCCAGCCAGCCAGAGCCCAGAGGAGAGAGAUCAGAUGCACACAGGAACAUGAAGCCGAGCUCCGUCGCGAGGUCCCAGACGGCCGACUCGUGCGCCUCCAGCCCCAGCCUCGCCGCCGUCAGCCGCCUCAUCCCCUUCGACACCUCCAACCUCACCUGCCUCGACGCUUGGCCCUCCCAAGGCUUCAUCGUGCGCGUACGUCGUCAAUCACCUCAUGCUCUCUUGUACAUACAAGUGUAUAAACACGCUCCCGGGCACCACCCUCCUGGCGGCGCGCGCGUCCCGCCUCUACCUCGCCUUCCAGUUCGCCACCAGGCGCUCGGCGUCGCCGUGCUCGUCUUCGGCUGCCUGCAGGUGCUGGCGUUCCUGGCGCGUCCAGGGAAGGGGUCCAAGGUGAGGCGGUACUGGAACUGGUACCACCACUACGUCGGCCGCGCCGCGGUGGCCUGCGCCGUCGCCAACGUCUUCGUCGGACUGUCCGUCGCGCACGAGGCCGCCGCGGCCUCCGCGUUCUACGGCGUGUUCCUCGCGGUCUGCGUCCUCGCCUCGGCUGUUGUCGAGGUCAGGCUCUGGAGAGCUGCUUCUGCUUGA